AUGGCACCUGAAUUGGGUGUUGUGGCAGAUGAAAAUGGCGGCACAGGGUCAUGGAACUGCACAUGUGCCUCUGAUAAGGACCUUCAGAAAGAAGAACAUGCUGUGCUACGUGCCAGGAGUUGCUUCACUUCCUGUAACUGCACAUCUGAGUUUCUGUGUAACUGCAAUCUCAUAUGUGGUGGUGAAAGCGGCACAUUCCCUGGUGUCAUCAUCCGGUUUUCAUACGCAGAGUUGGAGCAAGCAACCGGGAAAUUCUCAGACGAGCAUCUUAUCGGAGUUGGCGGAUCGAGCAAGGUGUACCGAGGCCAGCUUGGCGAUGGCAAGGUUGUUGCCGUGAAGAAGCUAAGGCCCCUAGGAGGUGCAGACGAAGACUUUGAAUUCCUGUCAGAGAUCGAGCUGCUGUCGAGGCUGAACCACUGCCACGUGGUGCCAUUGCUUGGGUACUGCUCGGAGAGCCAGGGCCGGCAGCUGGAGCGGCUGCUGGUGUUCGAGUGCAUGUCCAAUGGCAACCUGAGGGACUGCCUGGACCUGAAGCAAGGGAGGAAGCCCAUGGACUGGCAGACCAGGGUGAGCAUCGCUCUCGGCGCCGCAAGGGGGCUGGAGUACCUCCACGAGGCGGCCGCGCCGCGUAUCCUCCACCGCGACAUCAAGUCCACCAACAUCCUCCUGGAUGACAAGUUCAGAGCCAAGAUCAUUGACCUUGGCAUGGCCAAGUGCCUGAUGAACGACGGCGUGACGAGCUGCUCGAGCUCCCCGGCGCGGAUGCUGGGCACGUUCGGGUACUUCGCGCCGGAGUACGCCAUCGUGGGCAAGGCGUCGCUCAAGUCGGACGUGUUCAGCUUCGGCGUCGUCGUGCUGGAGCUCAUCACCGGGAGGCAGCCCAUCCACAAGUCGUCGUCGACGAGGGCCGACGAGAGCCUCGUCAUCUGGGCGACGUCGCGGCUGCGGGACAGCAGGCUGGUGGUGACGGAGCUGCCGGACCCGACGCUGCAGGGCAAGUUCCCGGCGGAGGAGAUGCAGAUCAUGGCGCACCUGGCGCGGGAGUGCCUGCAGUGGGACCCCGAGGCCAGGCCCACAAUGACAGAGGUCGUGCACAUCCUCGCCACCAUCGCGCCACUCCAGCAGGGCGCCAAGCGCCGAAACCUCCCCAUCGCCGCCGCCUUCAACCUCACGCCGUCGCCGCACGGCGGAAGGUGUGACCCGGGGCCUAAGGACGACGACGACAUCGAGAGGCAGCUGCGGCAGGAGUGCUCGCCGAUGACGGCUGCCCAGUCGCAACAGCAAGCGCGCCGCCCACCGGCGCCGUCGCCGCCACCGGGCCGCGCGUCGUGGCCCGGCGACAGGGUGAACUUUGUGGGCAGAGGCGCGGUGGUGUCGGGCGAGCUGGUGGACGGGACGCUGCUGAUGAGUCCCCACGGCCACGGGCGGAGCAGCUGGCGGCCACCACCGCCACCGACGCCCGGCGACGAGGAGGAGGCGGUGGACGUGGACCUGACGGAGCCUCGGAUGGAGGCGUUCACGCAGCCGGCGGCGUUCAGAUGA